GAGGCUGGCGCGGCGGGCUCUGGGGGCGCCGCCCCCCAGGCGAUGAUGGGCCGGGAGAAGGAGAUUGCGCGCAUCGCCCGCAGGCUGGACAAGAUGGUGACCAAGAAGAGCGCGGAGGGGGCCGUGGACCUCCUGCGGGAGCUGAAGGCCAUGCCCAUCACGCUGCCCCUGCUGCAGUCUACCCGGGUCGGCAUGUCUGUCAACGCCCUUCGGAAGCAGAGCUCGGACGAGGAGGUCAUUGCGCUGGCCAAGUCGCUCAUCAAGUCCUGGAAGAAGCUCCUGGAUGCUUCCGACAAAGCCGGGGAUCAGAGGAAGGGUGCGCCUCCACCCUCGUGCGCUUCCAAGGAGGCGUCUGAGAGCAAAGCGCCCAGCUGCAGGAGGCCGGAGCUGCCCCGCGUGCCGCCCACCCCGAGGAUCACCACCUUCCCCCCGGUGCCGGUCACGUGCGACGCCGUGCGCAACAAGUGCCGAGAGAUGCUGACGGCCGCCCUGCAGACGGGCGGCGACCACGUGGCUGUCGGUGUGGACUGCGGGCGCCUGUCAGCGCAGAUUGAGGAGUGCAUCUUCCGCGACGUGGGCCACACGGACGUCAAGUACAAGAACCGCGUGCGCAGCCGCAUCGCCAACCUGCGGGACGCGCGCAACCCCGCGCUGCGGCGGGACGUGCUGCGCGGCGCCAUCGCGCCCCAGGCGAUCGCCGUGAUGACGUCGGAGGGAGGCCAUCCGGGAGCACCAGAUGGCGCGCGCGGGCGGCGCGCACACCGGGCUCUUCACCUGCGCCAAGUGCCGCAAGAAGAACUGCGCCUACACGCAGGUGCAGACGCGCAGCUCCGACGAGCCCGUGACCACCUUCGUGGUCUGCAACGAGUGUGGGAACCGCUGGAAGUUCUGCUGAGCCGUGGCUGGCGCCGAGGCCACUUCGCCCCCCUGCCGAUGGCAGCUCCUCCGAGGGCCGCCCCGCACCGGCUCUCCCCGCCCCCUGCGCACCCCACCCUCUUGUAGCCCACAGAUUAAAUGUUUCUCUUUGCCUCCUGCUGCCCUGGGUCUUCCUGGGCUGUGUG